GGGAUGCUUUGAUUUGGAUUUCCUGCAUGGCAGAAUGGGGUUGGACUGGAUGGCCCGUGUGGUCUCUUCCAACUCUAUGAUUCUAUGAUUCUUUCCUCAGUUCCUUUUUUCCGCCACAUUAGCUGUUCUAGGGAAUUUCACUUGCUCUUGUUAAUUGAUCACUGGCUUUUUUACUUCGGACCAUUUUUUGACCUCAGUUAUUGCUGACCCCCCCUGUGUUGUUGACCAUCCGGCUCAUCUGAACUCACCUUUGUCUCUUGAUUUCAACUCGUCAAUCUUCCAUGAUGUGUCUGGCGCCGUUUAAAAAAUGCAACGUUUGUGGUGGCAAGGUUCCGGUUCAAGAACCGCACUCUUCUUGCCUUCUGUGACUGGGAAAGAACCAUGACAUGAAUGCCUGCCCACUCUGCAAACCCAUGACCUCACAGGCAAGGAAGAACCGUUAGUCCCGCCUGACUACGGCAAUCCUUCAUGGGGUUCUCAAGCCACAAGAAGAGGCCUCCCGCCCCACUUCAUCCCCUGUGGCCUCGGCCUCUGCACUUUCUGCUCAUGGCAGCCCUUCCAGCGUGACAUCUGCUCCAGGUGCCGUCGCGGCCCAUGGUUCCACGGAACCCAGUGCUGCCAUCCAAGUGGCCCGCGGUUCAGAAAAACCCAGUGCCACCACCAAACCCUCCAGGCGCCCCCAUAAAGUGACUUUGUCUGAGGGUUCAUCUUCCAAGCCGGCUCCCAUUUCCGCCGAGGUGACCGCCCUGAGGGCGGUAAGUCUACUAGUACCGAAGCUUCAGCUUCGAAAUCUUCCUCCGACAAGCGGUACAAGAAAGAGAGGGUGAAGACAUCGGACUCAGGUCUACCCCUACGCCUGAGGAGCGCCCGGAAUCAUCCAAGGCUCCAAAGAAGAAGAGACGCUAUACCAAGGACGCACCCUAGGUCCCCUCUUCCAAGAAGUCCAAGGUGUCGGAGGUGCCUUCGGACCCAAAGACCAGCUCCAAGAAGGAGAAACACCCCACGGACAGCGCCGCUCCUAGUAUGAAGGCAUCCAAGUCCUCGGCAGACCAUAAGAAGUCUUGCAGCUCUCAUCCUGAACCUGAGAGGUCGGGGACUCCUUCUUCGGCUUCACCUCAGGUGUCCAGGUGUCCAUCUUCUUCGGUAUCCAGCCUACCUCAAAUGUCAGGCCUAGCAACUGUCCCCUUUCUUCACUCUGACGAGGAUUCCAGGUCUUCUAGACACCGGUCACCGACACCUGUUCCAUGCACCUUGUGUCCAGCCACUUUCCAGGACGACUCCGAUCACUUUUAUGAUUCCGUGACCAAUUGUUAUUACAUGUCGGUCUCAAGGGAGGCUGUACUCGAACGCUGCCGACAGGCCCAAGCCAUCUGCCACGGUCUCUCGGCCUCCCCCCUCGACCCCGGUCCACCCGGUGUUGAAGCAAGUCCCUGUCACGGAACCAACGCCCGUUCCGGCCCGACAGCCUCAUCAGCAGCUUGUUCAGGUGGACUCUGCCUCAGAUCCUGAGGACCUCCAAUCUUCCGAAGAGCCCUCCGAGGCCAAGAUGUCUCUGCCAGGUUCACCGCAGGAACUACACCACCCUGAACCAGCUUCCCCGAUGUAUGAUGUUCGUUCUAUCAACGAACACAUUAUCAAGAUGGCAAACACCCUGGACAUUGAACUCUCUUACCCGGAAGAUGGGACGAAAUACGAACGGCGUGUGCAUGGUAGGGUUUCCAUGCCACCCUCCAUCCCACUCCUCCUGUCCCUGGAAACUAUUGUAAAACACUCAUGGGACUCUCCGGCCUCCUUGGUGGGAUCCUCUAGGAAGAUAGAGUCCCUUUAUCAGAUCUCACCGUCAUACUGCUCAUGGUUGACUACUCACCUCAAGCAGAAUACGGCAAUCGUGGAGGGAUCUCAGCAAGCCUUUACCCACAAACUUGCUACCUCCUCUGCAGACCGGGAGGCAAAGAAAAUAGACGGUCUAGCCAAGAAGGCGUACUUGGCAUCGGCUUUGGCAGUCAAGGCCAUCAACUAUAAUGCCUGCAUGGGGGCUUAUAUCCAGACCCUAAUGGAGGGAAUAUCACCCUUAAUCCCAGACGUGCCUGAUGCCGUCCAGAGGAAGCUUGUCGAGAUCAGGGAUGAGGCCCAUUCCAUAGGAAAUUGGCUCAUCACCGUCUCCUGCAACGUGGCUGACUGUUCCAGCAGGGCAAUGGCGACAUCAGUUGCCCUUCGAUGCCAUGCUUGGCUCCGGAAUUCUGACCUCAACCCCAACGUGAGAUCUGCCAUUGAGAACAUACCUAUGGACGACUCCGGCCUUUUCCACUCUGAGACGGAUGAACGCCUUAAUCGGAAGUAUAGGAUGAAAGCCGUGGCCAAGAAACAUGGUUAUGUCCUCCUCUUCCGUUUACCAUUCAGGAAGAGGCAGCGCCCGUGGCAAGCUCAGGGGACUCUGGUUCGUGACCAACAACCAAAAGGACGCUUACUUCCACAUUGGAGAUUUCUCACCUUUGCCGUUGUUCCCAAUGUAUACCACUACAAUGUACUCCCCUUUGGCCUCUCCACAGCCCCAAGGGUUUUUACCAAGUGUAUGUCUCCGGUCGUAGCAUACAUACACCAGCAAGGCUUCAGAGUCUUCCCUUAUCUGGAUGAAUGGCUCUUCAUGGCCCCCUCCGUGGGGGAGCUACAGGAAGCAGUCGAGUUUCCCUUGACUCCUCUGGCAUCUCUAGGACUUGUCGUCAACAGGGAGAAGUCUCACCUCAUCCCAUCCACACAGGCCAAGUUCAUCAGGGCCAUCCUCAAUUCCAAAGACUGCAACACCUAUCUCCCUCCAGACUGUUUCCAGGCCCUCUCAUUGGCUGUCGGAACCUGUUUGGCCCACAGAAGGGUAAGGGCCAGGGAAGUUCAGGUAGCCCUAGGACCCAUGGCCUCGACAACGUUUGUUACUCCAUGGGCAAGGCUUCGGUACCGAACGCUCCAGUCAUGGUUCCUGUCGGUCUUCGAUCCCAUGGAGGACCAACCGUCCAAGCGGCUCACCAUCCCGAGACCCAUUGCCUGUUCCCUGUGAUGGUGGCUAGACUCCCGCAACAUCUGCGUCAGCUUGCCCUUUUCCCCACCCCAUCCGGAGAUAAUGCUGACCACGGACGCUUCUUUGGAGGGCUGGGGCGCACACCUGCUCAACCUCCUAGUAAAGGACAGAUGGUCUCCAGACGAACAGUUCCUCCACAUCAACGCACUUGAGAUGCUUGCGGUGGAGAAGGCCCUGAGAGCGUUCAAGUCGAUUGUUGCCAACAAGGUAGUUCUUCUCCGGACAGACAAUACGACCAUUAUGUACUACCUCAACAAACAGGGUGGCACCAGAUCCAAGACUCUGCUGGACAUCACCCUGCGGAUUUGGGAUUGGUGCAUCCCGAGACAGAUUCUACUCCAGGCAAUCCAGGGGAGGACAACAACUUGGCCAACCAGCUCAGCAGAUACUCCACUGCGUGUCACGAAUGGAAACUCCAUCCCGCGACGGUCUGCGACCUCUUCCACCGAUGGGGGACUGCUUGAAUCGACCUUUUCGCGACCUUGCACAACAGCCAUUGUCCCCAGUUCUGCUCCAGGACGCCCACUGACAGAUCCCUCGGAGACGUAUUCGGCCUCACUUGGUCAGGAGAGAUGCUCUACGCCUUUCCUCCGUUUCCACUGAUCACAAGAGUGAUGUCCAAGAUGACAGCAGAUCACUUGGAUGCCAUCCUCAUCACUCCCUGGUGGCCAAGACAGCCGUGGUUUCCAUCCCUGCUGCACCUCUCCAGGAGAGACUUUCUCCGUCUCGAGUUCCGUCCCGACCUUCUCAUGAUUCAGAACGGCUGGGUUCGACAUCUGGAUGUUGGGAACCUGCCAUUGGUGUCUUGGAGACUCUGUCCCUAGCCUCGCUACCUGAACCGGUACGGACUGUGAUCUUGGCUGCCCAGAAGCCUUCCACCCAGAGGUCCUACGCUUCCGAAUGGAAGAAGUUCCUGUUGUUCCUCUCCAAGAGAGGCCUCUCUCCAGCCCAGGUGAUGACUCCGGUGGUGUUGGAGUUCCUGAUGGUGCUUUUGGACACGGGGCUGUGCCUCACAUCCAUUAAGUGCUACCUUUCUGCCUUUUGUUCUCAUUUCCAGUUUGAGGGCAAACCUUCCUUUUUCAGGGACCCUCUUGUGAAGAGUUUCCUGCAGGACUGUGGCAACCUCCAUCCCCCGGCCUCAGUACCGAACCUGGCAUGGAGCUUGGACGCUGUGCUGGUGGCCCUACAAUCCAAGUCCUUUGAACCCAUGGCCACAAUGCACUUGAGACUAUUGACUUGGAAAACUGCUUUCCUUGUGGCCAUCACAUCUGCCCACCGUGCAGGCGAACUCUGUGCCUUGUGAAGGGACCAGCCUUUCCUUAGGUUCCAUAGGGACAAGGUUGUCCUCCAUACCAACAUCACUUUCUUGCCUAAGGUGGUGUCAGCCUUCCAUAUGUGCCAAAACAUUGUUUUGCCAACCCUGGCUUCGAACCCGACUACUGAGGUCGAGCGCAGUCUACAUACCUUGGACGUAAGGAGGGCUUUGGCCUUCUACUUGGACAGGACUGCAGGUUCAAGUUGUUC